CAAUCUACUCUGUUAUAAAUUAAACACCCAAAGAAGCAUCUCUCUGCUCGUUGACUCUCUUAAAGCUUCUCUAAUGGCGAUGGCUUCACUAACAACUUCUUCUGCUCUUCUCAACAAGUCCUUUUUACCUAACCGCUCUUCCCUCUCCUCCUCCUCUACCUCUCAUUCUCGUCUUUACCGAUUCUCUUCCUCUGUUCGCUCUCGUUUCCCUUCUGCCUCCAUACGCGCCGUUGCUCUUGAACCAGAACUAAACGAAACUCCAAAUUCCGACAAGAAAGACACUGAAACUCAAAGUGUUAAAGUUGAGGAGACACAAGUGUUCGCGUGUCCUGUUUGUUACGAACCGCUUAUGAGGAAAGGACCUUCAGGUAUUAACCUACAAGCAAUCUACAGGUCUGGUUUCAAGUGUGGACAGUGUAACAAGACAUACUCUAGCAAAGAUGAAUACUUGGAUCUAACCGUCACUGCUGGUUUUGAUUCUUUCAAUGAAGUCAAACCCAUUACAACUGAACUCUUUCGGAGUCCAUUAGUAUCAUUCUUGUACGAAAGAGGUUGGAGACAGAACUUUGCUCGAAGCGGUUUUCCUGGUCCAGAUGAAGAGUUUAGGAUGGCUGAGGAGUACUUCAAAGAAGCAGAAGGUGGUGUCCUUGUGGACGUUAGCUGUGGAAGCGGUUUAUUCUCAAGAAAAUUUGCAAAGUCUGGCAAAUACUCUGGCGUCAUUGCUCUAGACUACUCUGAAAACAUGCUUCGUCAGUGUAAUGAUUUCAUCAAGAAGGACGCAACUUUCGAUAGCUCGACUAACAUAGCUGUUGUGAGAGCAGACGUCUCUCGUCUCCCUUUCCCUUCGGCUUCUGUUGAUGCUGUUCAUGCUGGUGCAGCAUUGCACUGUUGGCCUUCUCCUACAAAUGCUAUUGCUGAGAUAUGUCGUGUUCUGAGAAGUGGAGGUGUUUUUGUUGGGACAACGUUUCUAAGAUACAGUCCUUCCACUCCAUGGAUUAUCAGACCUUUUCAAUCGAGGAUUCUGCAGAACUACAAUUACUUGAUGCAGGAUGAGAUCAAGGAUGUGUGUACAACAUGUGGUCUCACAGAUUAUGAAGAUAUUGUUCAGGAUUCUUUUAUAAUGUUUACUGCUAGGAAGCCAUAGAGAUAUAUGCUCUUUGCUACCUAUUCAUGUAACUUGUUGUAUAGACACAAAAACAAAAGUGUUUAUAGUAAUAAAGAGGAACAUGAUAUAUAAAACUUGCAGA